GCGCUCAGGGCCAUCCCGCGAGAUUUACCACCUGCUGAGUCCUCUGGAGUGCCGUUUCUAUGGUUACGGCAGUCCUUUACGUGGUAACCGUUUCUUCACCUGUACAGCUUCUUAUUUGUCGACCAAGCUCCCGUUUGUGUAAAAGACAGUGUUUUCCUCAAGAUUUAACGAAUCGUGUACUACAAACUGUGCAUCAUGGAGGAUGAUGAUGGACUGAAUGAGCGCCUAAGGCUUCAGUUCCAGGCUCUGCAGCAACAUCAGGAGAAGUGCCUUCAGAAAAAGUUAGACAGGAGAAAGCAGAAGGAGCCGGAGAAGGUCGAUGCCGCUGUGACCCAGGAGGACUUGAAUCUGUCUGAACAAGGAGCUUCUCAGGCAGAUAAUCUCAAGGAAAGACUGCUGCAGAAUGAGAAUCAACAGUUGCUUGACCAGGUGAGAGAGCUCAAGGAUGAAAACGGCCGUCUCUUCAAGCUCCUGAAGGAAAAAGAUUUUGAAAUUAAAUACUUGCAGAAGAAAAGGGAGGAAGAACGCCUGGCCUUGGCAGGCACAUCAGGCUUGGCAGGGGAUGCAGCAGCUACCAAGAUUGUUGAGCUGUCAAAGAAGAAUAGAGAGUUAACUGCUGAAAUUGAACGAGAGAAGACGAAAUCUAAGCAAAUCAGCAACAGAAUCAAAGAGCUUGAGAAGCAGGCCGCGUCAGUGCCCUCUUCACUCGGUCAAAACACUGACACAAAAGCACACGACAAAAGGUCAUCUGAGGACUGUGAGGAAAUUCCAAUGACGAAAACUCUGCAGGAAAAAUUAGCUGCUGCCCAGUUCAAAAUGACCGAAUAUCGCAACCAAAUUCAAGCUGUCAAACAGGAGCUGAAGGUUGCCCACAAGGUUUUGGUCAGUGAGGUCGGAGAGGUCGACCUGCAGCAAAUACUGAGCUGCCCAGGCAGCUUCAGGGGUCGCUCUCAGCAGAUUCUGGCUCUUCAGACUAGGGUGCGGGACCUCGAGCAGCAGCUUAACCAAUCGGCUCAGCAGAUGCAGCCGAGCACCCUGAGCAUGGAGGAAGAGUUCCUGGGGGUCAAGGCUCUUCGGAAAACCCCUCCUCAAGGCAGGAAUGUCAGCUACAUCCGCACCAUUGAGAAGGAGAAGAGGGAGGCAUUUGAGAGGAUCUCAGCAGAUUAUGAGGCCCUCCUCAGAGACCAUGAGGAGGUGAAGAAGAAGCUGGAAGGCUCCAAGGCCAGGAACAAAACUCUGACCACAGAAAUCAAAUCCUUAAAGGUUCACAUUUCUACCCUCCAGGAAAAGGGUAGACAUGAUGAUGAACUUGUGGAUGCCCUACUGAAGCAGCAGACCCAGAUGCAGCAGAUGCUGCUCAGCCAGCAGCAAAAUGUGCAUGGCAAGGCGCCUCAGCAGAACCUGGGACAGCAGCUGAACAGUGAGCCUUCAGAGCUCCACGCUCUCAUCCAGAAGCUCCAGCAGAUGGUUACUGAGAAGGAUGCUAAGGUCAAAGAUCUGGGGAGGCAAAUCCAGCAGCUCUCCAUCAAGAGAGAGGAUGGGGGGAGUCAGUCCAACGCCAAGACAACAACUUGCAGUUCAGGACAUUCCCCAGAGGAGGGAGACAGUAACAAGAGAAUAACAUCUGCACGGUAUGUGAGUGUGUUGUGAUCAUGUUACAUGAUCAAAAUAUGGAUACUGAUGAUGUGUUCUCAUGGAACUGGAUAUUAACAGACAUUAAAUGGUUACUCAACA